GUAAUUCGGAAUUCUUUUUGGGCUGUGUGUGUAUCGCUUUGCUGAUUUUACGGGAGACCAUUUCUCACUAAUAUACUGGGAUUGUGCAUCUCUGUAAGGUUUGUCCCAGCAAGGCAUCCAUAGAGGGAGCGUGUGACCAGCUAACCAGGAAGCCAGACAACCUGUACAGAGGAGUGUAGCAGGGAGAUACAGUCGAGGUGAAACAGCCUGGAUUUGCAACAAUGUUCCUGACGUUUAUAGAUCUCUUAAUCAAAAUACUAAAGUAGAACCAUGGAGAAUGAGCAUGUUAUAACAACAUCUUCUGAAACUGCGACAACUAGCACCUCCUCUUCAGCAAACCCCACUCCUAUAUCUGUGUAUAGCAGCUCAGAUCGUCAUGCUGUGCAGGUCAUCCAGCAGGCAUUAAAUCGUCCUACAGGCUCCGCAGCUCAGUAUCUACAACAAAUGUAUUCUGCUCAGCAACAACAUUUAAUGCUACAGACAGCAGCCUUACAUCAGCAGCAUUUAAACAGCAAUCCUCUCCAGACCAUUCAGCAGUCUAAUGUGACUGGAGAACGCCCAUCUGUUUCAUCUGUUAGCACUACACAGCAAUCAAAUGUAUCGCAAACAUCUGUUCAUCUGUCUACUUCCCCUCCACCUCCACAAAUGCUAAGUCGAUCACAAACAUCUAGUACAACUAGUAGUAGCAUCACUCAAAAGACAGUAUUGCUGGGAGGUACUUCUCCAACCUUAAGUGCAAGUCAGGCCCAGAUGUAUCUCAGAGCCCAGAUGCUUAUCUUUACACCUGCUGCUACAGUUGCUGCUGUGCAGUCCGAUAUUCCAGUUAUAUCAUCAUCCUCGUCUUCCUCCUCUUCCUGUCAAUCUGCAGCUCAGAAUUUAACAAUUCGGAGCCAACCAAUGCUUGAGAUGUCAUUUCCCAACCAUAGCCCAUCAAAACCCAGCAAUCAAGAUCACCCCCUUGCUAUAUGCCAUAAAACAACUGUGGCAAGCUCAAAGACUAUUCAUGCAGAUGCCACAAUGGAAAAUAACCAGAAAGAUGAGAGUUCUGUGUCCGAUUCUCGUUGCACGGCUGUAACCCGCACAUCAAAUUUACAUCAGCUGAUUUCACCAGUGUCAUAUUCUACAGUUCAUUCACAUUCGCUGGGUAAACACCCAGCUAUCUCAAUCCUUCCAGAUCAUCCAAAAUUGCCCCAGCAAGUGAUACUGCAACAGCAACAGCAGAUACAGCACAGGCAUCAAAUACAGACCAUUACUUUGCAUAAUCCAGCUUUAGAACCACCAUCUACUCAGCAUUGUGUACCGCUUCAAAGUCAGAACUUUGUACACAUCCCUAGCAGUACUCAUUCUCAUCAUUGUACACCUGUUACUACUUCCCUUUCACCAUCACCAACUAUCUCUCAUUCGGCACAGUCAUCUGUAGUAGUGUCACCUCCUCUCACUCACUCUCCCUGUCAGUCUCCAACUAUAAUCAUUCAUCCACAAGCCAUCAUACAGCCACAGACAUCUCUGCUUGUGCCGUCCACUCUUCCAGCCCGAGACAAUUUACAUCAUCCCCUUCAGACUACAUUGCAUGCAGCUCCGCAGAUGUCUCUUCCAACACAUCUUCCACCCACUUUAUCUUUAGGGCCACAGCAACAACAUGCUUUGGUUUCAUCUGGUCCACAAUUAAUUCCUCCAUUGUCACAAACACCGCAACCUGAAUUACAGUCCAUUGCACCACCAACAGUAGCGUCCUCUCCUCAUCUUCCAACAACCCCAGCUUCCCAGCUUCAAGCACUACCUUUACAGUCCAUGCAAACAAUACCAGUGCAGCCUGAAAUUUUAACACCAGGCCAAGUUCUGAUGCAGAAUACUCUGCUAACAGAAGAAGACUUGCCUGCAGCAGAAGCUCUAGUGCAGCUGCCAUUCCAGACUCUUCCACCACCUCAGACUGUUGCAGUAAACCUUCAUAUACAGCCAGCACCAGUAGAGUCUCCUGUGGUUUACCAAGUACAGAAUGUGUGUCCAGAAGAGGCGCCAGUGGUGCAGAAGGACUGUGUCCAUGUAAUUACUCAGACCCCAACCCCUCCUACGCUGUCACCUUCUGAUUUUCCCGUAGGUAGUGGAGAAGCUCUUCCUUCUGAUCCCACUUUGCAAGGACUCCCUUCCAUAGCAUCUUCGGUCAGUGCCUCAGUAAUCAAGUCUCCAUCGGAUACUUCACAUAUGUCUAUACCAGCACCUCCGUUACUUUUACCAGCUGCUACAACAAGAAGCACUAGAACAUUGAAACCUAACAGCAUUCCAGGACUAGAGAAACUGCCCCAUGCCAUUGUAAAACCACAGAUUUUGACCCACGUUAUAGAGGGGUUUGUCAUUCAAGAAGGAGUGGAACCAUUUCCCGUAAAUCGUUCAUCCCUAUUAGCGGAGAAGGCAGUGAAACCUCUGUCGCCCUUGGAUGAAGGAAAUAUGAAUAUUGCUGACAUGGAAUCUGACAUCCAAAGCUCAGCUAAACUUCCUGACAACUCAACAGACACAGACAUGGAGGACCUUACUGCUGAGGCAGAGGGCAUCGACGAGCUUGAAUGUGAACUUUUGGCCUGUGAAUUUUGUGGGAAGACAGGGUAUCCCAACAAGUUCCUGCGGUCAAAGAGGUUCUGCUCUUUGUCAUGUGCAAAAAGGUACAAUGCCAACAGCACAAAGCAGCUUGGACUCUUCAAGGCCAAUAAAACAAGUAGGUGGAGGAGAAAGGUUGAAGGAAGUCUUGGACGACGUGGAAUACCCUCUAGCUCUGGAGGCUCAGUCAGAGAACACUACCUUAGACAGCUGCCAACUGCUUAUUCAUGUGCAAAUGAAGCUUUAGAGGAUUCCCAUGAAGAUUCCACACAUGUCACUAUGACUACACGUUUACGUCGUCAGAGUGAAAGAGAGAGAGAAGAGAGGAAGCUCCGUCAAAUGAGAAAAUCCUCCUGCGAGCUGUCUCCUGACACACAGACAGAGCCAUCCCUAUGGACAGUUGAAGAUGUUUGGGCUUUUAUACGUGCUUUACCAGGAUGUCGCGAGAUUGCUGACGAAUUCAGAACACAGGAAAUUGACGGACAGGCUCUGCUCUUACUAAAGGAAGACCAUCUCAUGGGCACCAUGAACAUUAAGUUAGGACCAGCCCUGAAGAUCUGUGCUCGGAUUAACUCCCUAAAGGAGUCCUAACGUGUAAGAACUGGCCCGGACAAUUGUCAUAAUGUAAAAUAGCAACCUUUUCAAGUAAGAGUAGUGUAAGUUGGUGUUUUGCAUUAUCACUUAUGUUGGCAAGUUAUGCAGGAAUGGGCAUUUGCAGCCCCAAAAGUACUUGCAUUCCUUUAAAGGGAUACUGUCAUGAAAAGAAGCAAAGCAGUUGUGCUGCAUACAGUGUAUUGUAAGUUAUAGUAGAUGUGUGCUUGUGUGGAGAAGUGUAUUUCUUUGUGAUUGUGCCCAUCUCUACUUCCUUACUGUAACAAUGCAGCCAUGUUCUGCUUUAGGACACAGAUUUCAGAAGGAUUUCUGACUGGGUACAAAUAAUUUACUGCAAGAUCUCUAAUCGACAUUGUGCUUUUGUAAUUGAUGUCACUGUAGCUUGCACAGGUCUUGAGAAUGAAAUUAGUGGCAAAGAUACAAGAGAAAUUUGCUAUAGUAGGAAAAAAACAUCCUUAAAUCUGGUACAGGUAUGGAUCUCUUUUUCAGAAUGCUUGGGUCCAGGGAUUUUCUGGAUAAGGGAACUUUUUGUAAUUUGGAUUACUAUACAGGUAUGGGAUCCAGUAUCC